AUGCCGCCGGCAAGGAGGAAGGCUGCUGCCUGCAAAAACGCCUCCAACACAAGGAGAAGGACAUCAUCCUCCUCAUCCUCGCCCUCUCCUGAACGGCAAAGAACGCCCACUCCACCAGCAUCCCCUGCCAGAGAACAUACCCCACCGCCACCUCCACAACCACCAAGGGCAUUGCAAGAACAAGCCCUUAAUGCCAUCACAGAUGAAUGGGAGCCCAGGUUGUUUCCAAGGAAGAAGGGGUGGGAUUUCUUUUUGAAGCACAUAAGGCGAAAAUUCAUCCCAGAAAGGGGAAUCGGUGAAGAUGGCGCAGCUUUUGCCUACAUCAAGCGCCAUGGCUGGGAGACCUUCUCCAACCCACCUGUCAAGCCAAGGAUCCAGAUUGUGCAAGAAUUUUAUGGAAACUUCCACACUGUCCCUAGAGAUGGAGUAUUCGUCAGAGGCAUCAGCGUCAAUUGCAGUACAGAGGCCAUCAGGGCCAUCUGGAAGUUACCAAGAAUAAGCACCGAUUACAGAGAAAUCCUGGCUGCCCUGCAUCCAAAUCAACCGUUGGAACAGGCCAUUCUGUCCAGAUUGGCAAAAAGAGGGCACAAGCUGGGAGAUGGAUGA